AUGGCCGCAGAGAAGACGCUGACACGGACUCCCACCGUGCCGUCCCCAGGCAAGGCUGCCCCCGCCGGCCGGCGGGUCGAAGAAGCUCUUGGAGAAGAGUCCCAAGUUUACUGGAAAACUGACAACAAUGCUAUUUAUCAAGUUGAUGGGAGUAAAUCCUUCAAUUUUGAUCGUGUCUUCCAUAGUAAUGAGACCACUAAGAACGUGUAUGAAGAAAUAGCAGUACCAAUCAUAGACUCUGCCAUCCAAGGCUACAAUGGUACUAUCUUUGCCUAUGGGCAGACUGCUUCAGGAAAAACUUACACUAUGAUGGGGUCAAAAGAAUAUUUGGGUGUAAUACCCAGGGCGAUUCAUGACAUUUUCCAAAAAAUUAAAAAGUUUCCUGACAGGGAAUUUCUCUUACGUGUGUCUUACAUGGAGAUCUACAACGAGACCAUUACAGACUUACUCUGUGACACGCAAAAAAUGAAGCCUUUAAUCAUUCGGGAAGACUUCAAUAGGAAUGUGUACGUGUCUGAUCUCACAGAAGAAGUGGUCUACACGUCAGAAAUGGCCUUGAAGUGGAUCACAAAGGGAGAGAAAAACAGACAUUACGGAAUUACGAAAAUGAAUCAAAGAAGCAGUCGUUCUCAUACCAUUUUCAGGAUGAUUUUGGAAAGCAGAGAGAAAGGCGAAUCUUCCAGCUGUGACGGCUCCGUCAAGGUUUCCCACCUGAACUUGGUUGAUCUCGCGGGCAGUGAAAGAGCUGCCCAGACAGGAGCAGAAGGCGUGCGGCUCAAGGAAGGCUGCAACAUAAAUCGAAGCCUGUUUAUUUUGGGACAAGUCAUCAAGAAGCUGAGUGACGGACAAGCAGGCGGUUUCAUAAAUUAUCGAGAUAGCAAAUUAACACGAAUUCUCCAGAAUUCCUUGGGAGGAAAUGCCAAAACACGUAUCAUCUGCACAAUUACUCCCGUGUCUUAUGAUGAAACCCUUACCACUCUGCAGUUUGCCAGCACUGCUAAAUACAUGAAGAACACUCCCUAUGUUAACGAGGUGUCCAGCGAUGAAGCUCUUCUGAAGAGAUACAGGAAGGAAAUCAUGGACCUUAAAAAACAGUUAGAGGAGGUUUCCUUAGAGACUCGGGCCCAGGCAAUGGAAAAAGACCAGUUGGCCCAACUUCUGGAAGAAAAAGAUUUGCUUCAGAAAGUGCAGAUUGAGAAAAUUCAGAACUUAACACGGAUGCUAGUGACUUCUUCUUCCCUCACCUCCCAGCAGGAAUUAAAGGCUAAAAGAAAACGAAGAGUCACUUGGUGUCUUGGGAAAAUUAACAAAAUGAAGGAAUCAAACUAUGUCAAUGAAUUUAACAUGCCAGCAAAUGUAACAACAAAAUCAGAAAGAGCUACUCUAACGGUCCUGGGGGAAAUCGAUGAAUCGCUUUGUUCAGAGUCUGAUGUUUUCAGCAACACACUCGAUCCGUUAACAGAGGUAGAGUGGAACCCAGCGACAAAGCUACUAAGUCAGGAAAACUUAGAGAGUGAGCUGAGCUCACUUCGUGCUAACUAUGAUAAUCUGGUGCUGGACUAUGAACAGCUGCGAAGAGAAAAUGAAGAAAUGGAGUUGAAAUUGAAAGAAAAGAACGAUUUGGAUGAAUUUGAGGCUCUGGAAAGAAAAGCUGAAAAAGAUCAAGAGAAUGAACUAAGCUCAAAAGUAGAGAUGCUAAAAGAAAAAGAAGACCAGAUUAAGAAGCUACAGAAAUACAUAGACUCUCAACAGUCAGAAAACACAAGAAUGGACCUGUCGUGCUCAUCGGAAAACACUGGUGACCUAAAACAAAUAAAGCAGACCCUGCUUGAUGUGGAAACUGUCGCCCUUGAUUCCAAGAGAGAGUCAGCCUUUCUUAGAAGUGAAAACUUGGAGCUGAAAGAGAAAAUGAAAGAACUGGUGAGUUCAUGCAGUCAAAUGGAAAAUGACAUUCGUACAUAUCAAAGGCAGUUGGAGACAAAAAAGAAAAUGCAAAUGGACCUAGAGAAAGAGUUGCAGUCUUCUUACAAUGAAAUAACAAAGCUCACUUCCCUCGUGGAUGGCAAGAUUCCAAAAGAUUUGCUCUGUAACUUGGAAUUGGAAAGAAAGAUUGCUGAUCUUCAAAAGGAACUGAAUAAAGAAGUAGAAGAAAAUGCAGCUUUGCGCAAUGAAAUCAACAUGCUCUCAGAAUUGAAGCCUUUGCCGUCAGAAAUAGAAAUGCUGAGGGAAGAGAUAAAUGCUAAGUCUGAAGCGCUCUCUACAGUGACGUCAGAAAAGGACCGCUUGUUUUCUGAGGUAGUUCAUAAGGAAAGCAGGAUUCAAGGCUUAACUGGGGAAAUUGGGAAAGCUAAGGACAUUCUGUCGCUACCCAGACGCUCUGUAAAGGCACAGGUCGAGGCAUCGUGAGUCAAAGACUCACCUUGAACUCAAAGGACUCACCUUACGCUGUGGGAUUGGUUCCUGUAGGCAGUUCGCAGAGUGCUCUCCUCACAUGUGCUUGUUUUAAAGCUUUCUCACAAAACCCAGGAACUUGAGCAGAAAGCAACAGAGAGUCAAGCUAGGCUGAGCGGGAUGGAGCAGCUGCAGGCGCAUGUGGAGAGUAGCAGUUCCAGGCUGCAAGUGCUGGAGAGCGAGAAGACAGCGGCUACUGAGAGGCUGCAACAGGCCUUGGAGGAAGUGAGAGCCCUGGUCCAAGAGAGGGACGAGCUGAGACAGCUGCAGGAGCACCUGCAGGCGGAACGGGACCAGCUGAGGAGUGACAUCCAGGACACCGUCCACAUGAACAUAGAGACCCAGGAACAGCUACGAGAUGCUUUGGAGUCCUUGAAACAACACCAGCAGACAAUCACCACACUGAAAAUGAAACUGUGUGACGACGUUUCCAGGGAUUUGCCAAAAGAGAAAAACACAGGAGAAACUGAGGAUGGAUUUCAGGGAGAGGCAUCUGGCGUGGAUACACAGAACUUGGAGGCCAGAACAGCCCAGAUGCUGAUCACAGGCGUAGAUGAUCAUGAGCAACAGAAAAAGAUCCUUUCUUUAGUGCAGGAGAAAGAGGAGCUGCAGCAGGAGGUGGCAAGGGUCACCGCAGAAAAGGAGCAGCUGGAGGCCGACCUCAAGGACAGCAUUGAAAUGACAAUUGAAAACCAGGAAGAACUGAGAAUUCUUAGAGUUGAACUUAAAAAGCAACAAGAGAUCAUUACACAAGAAAAGGCCUGUACCAUCCAGAAAGAUGAGCUUUCCAGGGCCCAUGAGAAACUAUUAGAAGCUGAAGAAAAGCUAAAGGAAAAGAGCCAACAACUUGAAGAAAAACAGCAGCAACUUUUUAUUGUACAAGAAGAGGUGAGGGAGAUGCAGAAAAAGAUGAAUGAUAUGGAGAAUUUAAAGAAUGAAUUAAAGAACCAAGAAUUAACAUUGGAACGGCUGGAAGAAGAGAGACUAGAUUUGGCUCAGAAACUUCAUGAAAACCGUGAAGAAAUGAAAUCCCUAACCAGAGAAAGAAAUGACCUCAAGGAAUUACAAGAUUCAUUUGAAAUAGAGAGAGAGAAACUUAAAGAGAAUAUAAGAGAAAUGGAACUGAAAGGUCUAGAAACAAAGGAAGAACUAAGAAUGGCCCACAUUCAUCUGAAAGAGCACCAGGAAACUAUUGAUGAACUAAGAAAUACUGUUGAGAAGACAUCACAAAUGGUUUCUAUUCGGGACUUAGAAAAAUCCAAUACUGGAUUACAGCGCGAGACCCCAGAUUCCCCUGAGGAGCAGCAGCUGCCUGCUGGCCCGAGUGAGGUCUGCCGGACCCGGGAGACAGUGGACGAAUGGGCACCCUGGGAAAAACCGCCCGGCACCGAGAAUGCGGCCGUGGUGGCCGGCGCGGGAGAGGAUCCGCCCAAGCCCACGGGAAAGCUACAGGAGAGCCCUAGGGCGGGGAGACCACUAGCUGGGGAGAGAGGCCACCUGAAAAGGACAGAAGAGACGCUUCGAGCUGAGCAGCUAGAAGAAGACGGGAGCAGGGCCGUGGCCGACGCCCAAGAGUCUCAAGAAGAGCAAGAACAGUCCUUCAACAUGGAAGAAAAAGACAGUGUGACUAGGAAAACGAUGAGCGAGGUAAGGGGAUCAGAGGCAGCACUCAGUGGCGAAGCUGUAUCUAUCCCAGAGCUGGGGAUGGGAGGGCCCAGCUGCUCACAAGGGCUGCGGGGAGCCCGUCAGGCUGACAGUGACCAACUCCGAGAAAAGUUGGAAGCGCUCACAGCUGAACACCAAGAAACCGAAAAGGAACUGAGAAUUGCUCGUCACCACCUGAAAGAACACGUGGAAACCAUUGAUCAGCUGAAAGUGGCUCUUUGCGAGAGGGAAACUGAACUGUCAAGAGUGCAGAAGGAACUGGAAACAGCCCACCGUGAGUUACAGGAAAAGCUCCAGGAGCUUCAUGAGAAACAGGGACAACUCACCACCGUCAAAGAAAUCAGGGAGCCUCAGGGGGAGAAGAGCGACGUGCAGCACUUACAGGAGCUUCUCAAAGCCAGAGACGCGUCACUACAGCGCGCGGACGGCGAGAGGCUCGAGCUGCUGGAGAGGCUUCACGAGAGUCAGCAAGAAAUGAAAACGAUAACGAAGGAAAGGGAUGAGCUGGAGGGCGUGCAGGAAGCCCUGCAGAGGGAGAGAGACCUGCCCAGGGAAAACGCUGAAGGAAUCGAAGCCAGAGGACAGAAAAUCCAAGAGGAGCUAAAAGCUUGUGUUCUCCUGAUGGAGUCCCAAGAAACGGUUGGCGCGGGGAACCUGUCAGAGGAGACAGACCUGGUGGCAUGGACGCAGGGAGGCCCAGACGCUGGGUCACCGGGCACGGCCCAGGAGCGUCCGCCUGUCGAGGGGGCAGCGGUCAAUGAGGCUCAGGCCACAACAUGUGAAGCGGAGCGCAAGGCCCAGAUGUCCACUCUGGAGGACCCAGAGACGGAGACACUGCACCAACACCUGGAAGAAAUGAGAUCUGUUUGCAAAGAAAGAGAUGAGCUUCGGUGUGAGCAGGCGACCCUCAGGGCAGAGAGGGAGCAGCUCCAGGAGAGUCUACGGGGAGCCGUGUGCAGGGACCUGGAAAUACGAGAGGAGCUAGAAGCUGCUCGCCUGAGUCUGAAGGAGCAGCAGGACACCAUCAGUAAGCUCCAAGGGCUGGUGUCACAGAAGACAAGUGAAAUAUCUAGCAUACAAAUGGACUUAGAAAACACAAAUUCCGUCUUAAAAUCACAGGACCUGGAAACACGAGAGGAACUAGAAGGUGUGCACACGCGUCUGAAAGAGCAGCAGGAAACCAUUGAUGAAUUCCGAGGGGCAGUCCUACAGAAGACGGGUGAAAUAGCCAGUCUGCAGGUGCAGCUAGAGAACACAAACGCCGAGCUACAAGAAAAGAUCCAAGAACUGAAGGCAAAUGAACAGCAGCUUCUAAAGUUAAAAGAAGAUGUUGGUGAGACACAGAAAAAAAUGCCUGAGGUGGAGCGAUUGAAAUCACAACUGAAGGCCCAAGGUCUGGCCCUGGGUAAGGUAGAAAUGGAGAACUUAACUCUGGCUCAGAAACUGCAUGAGAACCUUGAAGAAAUGAAAUCUGUAACAAGAGAAAGGGAUCGUCUCAGAAGAAUAGAAGAGACACUCAGUCUGGAGAGAGACCAGCUCCGGGGAGAGCUGCAGGGAGCCCUGGCCAGGGAUCAGGAAACACGAGGAGAACUGAACACCGCUCGUGUGCAUUUGAAGGAGCAUCAGGAAACUAUCAGUAAACUCAGAGAGAGCCUUUCCGAGAAGGCAGCGCAGAUUUCAUAUAUUCAGAAGGAUUUAAAUAAGGCAAAAGAUGGGUCACAGAAGAAGCAGGACCAGCAGGACCACAGAGCACUAGUAAAAUGUGGGAAAACAUCAGUAUGUGAUGGGAAACGCCUGACAGAAAACCUGAGAGAAAAGUGUUCUAGGAUAAAAGACCUUCUGAAGAAAUACGUGGAGCUGGAUGAUCACUGUGACUGCCUAGGCGCAUUGUCUCUUCACCUGGAGAAGGAAAUUGAAACCCAGAAAGAGCUUUCGGCUAGAAUCAAAGCCACCCUCCCACUUCCAUCUCCACAAACCAAGGAAAUUCAAAAACUUCUCACUGCAAACCAAAGAUGUUCCAUGGAAUUCCACCGGGUCACAAAGAAACUCAAGUAUGUGUUAAGUCACAUUACAAAGAUCAAGGAAGAAAGUCAUGAAUCCAUCAAUAAAUUUGAAACGGCUGUUGUGGACGAAGUGGAAAGGCAGAAUGAGCUGCUGGCCGAGACACAGCUCCUGCAGCCGCAUGGUGACGGACUGUCCGGAGGAGCUGGAGACCUUGAAGAGAACUUGGAUCUGCACGCUGAGGUAAUUCUCAGUGAUCUUGCAGAAAGCAAGUUCCACAGCAUAAAUACUGAAUUUCAAGAAGUACUAAGCAGGAGGAAAGAGAUGACCCGGUUUUUGGAAGAGUGGUUAAAUACUCGUUUUGACACAGAGAAGCUUAAAAGUGGCAUCCAGAGGGCAAAUGAUCGACUCUGCCAAGUGAAUAGCUUCUAUAACAGCAAGAUCAUUGCUAUAAUGAAUGAAUCCACAGAAUUUGAGGAAAGAAAUGCAGUUGUUGCCAAAGAAUGGGAGCAGAGACUUAAAUCAGUGAGAGAGAAAAAUGAAAAACUGUUUAAAAACUACCAAACUUUGAAGAUCCCCCAGACAUCUGGUGCCCUUGUCAACCCUGCUCCCACAGGCGAGAAGAAUCAUGUCACGACCAGAGCUCCACAGCCUACCUCAGAGAGAAUUCAGGAGCUGGAAGCCUCGCUGCGUGAAGCUAAAGACAGCGCUAAGCAUAAAGAAAGCAAGAUCACAAAGAUGGAGAAGGAACUUGAGAUGAUGACCAAUAUGGUGGCAGAACUCAAAGGGAAAGUGAAUGAAUCAAAUAAAUGCCUUGAGAAAACAAGAGAGAUGAUGCAAGCCCUUCAGGACAAGGCCGCUCUGGGAGUCAAACCCUAUAAAGAAGAAAUCGAAGAUCUCAAAACAAAGCUGGUAAAAGUAGACCUGGAGAAGAUGGCGCACGCCAAGGAGUUUGAGAAGGAGAUGACGUCUGUAAAAGCCACUGUAGACUACCAGAAAGAAGUUAUAAGAGCACUGAGAGAAAAUCUGCGAAGAAAUCAGCAGGCCCAAGAUACCUCAAUGGUCUCAGAGCACGCCGAGGCGCAGCCUGCAAAGAAACCCCUGACCUGUGGCGGUGGCAGCGGCAUUGUACAAAGCACGAAAGCGCUCAUCCUGAAGAGUGAAUAUGUAAGGCUAGAAAAAGAAAACUGCAAGUUAAAGCAGCAAAACGAACAGCUCAUGAAGCAGAAGAGCGAACUGCUAAGCAAUAACCACCACCUUUCCAGUGAGUUCAGGACCUGGAAGGAGAGAAGCUUGAAGAGAGACACUCACGGGGAAGCAGCCUGUGAGAAUUCCCCGAAGGCAGCUGGCGCAGCCCCUAAGAGGAGGCACCGCACACCCUCGCGGUGCAAGGAGCGGAACGGGCCAGAGCCCACAGCCCAGGAGUCGCCCAAGUCUUGGUUCUUCAAUAGCCGCUCCAGCUCUUUCCCAGCACCGCACCCAGUUCGCUACUUCGACAACUCAGGCCUCGGCCUUUGCCCAGAAGAACAGACCGCUGGAGCAGAGAAUGUGGCCCCACAACCGGGGGCCUGGCUCACCUCUGGGGCUGAUGUGCCGGAGUGCAAGACCCAGUAGCCUGGUCGCUGCUGCUCUGCCGCCCCCGAGCGCCGGGGCCUUGCUGGGAAGCGCCAUCACGGCUGACCUCGUUUCAGUUCCAUUUUCCCUUUGCCACCAGAGUUGGAAGGUGAACGGAGAUAAGUGCAGUAAUUUGGGAGGGUGAUGGGAUGCCUGCUUUCUCAACAUGCCAAUAUUUUAGAAAUCAGCCAUUUAAUUUAUUUGUGUAUUUUGUAAAGAAUAAAGUUGUUGGAGAAGUGAGGUCUUUCCAGAUAUAUGAAAUAUAUACACUCUACUAGUGUAAA